AUGUACUUGAUCACUGUGUUUGGGAACCUGCUCAUCAUCCUGGAGGUCAGCUCAGACUCUUACCUCCACACACUCAUGUACUUCUUCCUCUCCAACCUGUCCUUUGUGGACAUCUGUUUCACUUCCACCACCAUCCCAAAGAUGUUCCUGAACAUCCAGACUCAGAGCAAAGGCAUAACCUAUGCAGGAUGCAUCAUCCAGAUGUAUUUUUUUAUACUCUUUGCAGGAUUCGACAUCUUUCUCCUGACUGUGAUGGCCUAUGACCGGUUUGUGGCCAUCUGUCACCCCUUGUACUACAUGGUCAUCAUGAACCACCAGCUCUGUGCACUGUUGGUUCUGGUGUCCUGGAUCCAGAUUGUCUCCUUAUUUUAUUGUAUGGACCUAGGCGGGUACCUCAGCUCUGCUGCAAUCCACAGCUCACAAUCAAGUGCCACAGCCUCAGUGAUGUACACUGUGCUCACACGGAUGCUGAGCUCCUUCAGCUACAGUCUGAGGAAGAAAGCCAUAAAGAGGGCUCUGAAAUCAUUCUUUGGGAUGGCAGGAUCCUGUUCUGUUAUUCAGCUCAGUGUUCACCAUGUCUAA